GCCUCGCUCACCCUGGGGGCAUCGUGCAGAACCUCUCCUCGGAAAUCCACGGGGAAAUGGCAAACAGGAUUGACGGGUUUCACACGCUCCUCGCUAGACAGAGCCGCUCAUUACCAUAACCGUCUGCAGCGACGGCGGCGCGGCGCCCCAGUCGCGGCGGCGGGACCUGCCGGGACCCUCGCCCGCCGCGCACCCGCGGCCGCCACCAGCACCAGCACCAGCACCCGCACCCGCACCCGCGCCUCCCUGGACCGGGCCGGGCCCCGCACGCGCCGAGUGUGCACCGGCGGCCGGGCUGGCGCCGAGCCCGGAGCGGGCCAGCAGCAGCUCGAGCGCCGCGGCCGCCACCGCCUCCCGGCUGACCCCGCGGAGAGGCGCACGGCUCCAGCACCGCGGAAAGACAACUUGCCUUUGUUCCCAGACACUUGGGGUGGUGUUUACUUUCUCCCGCGGCCGAGGGCCGGCGGAGCUCUGCCGGCUUUCCCCCGAGAGGGGCUUGGGCUGGGGCCCCCGACCCCCGGGGGUGUGUCACUGUGGGGACUCGGACAUCGGCUGCUGCCCGCCUGCAGGGGGUGGGUCUCCAAACCUCAGACCCCAGUCUUGGGCGUGGGAUGGGGAGACCUGGCACCCCGGGCUGGGCUUGGACCCCCGGGUCCCCCAACCUCAUCCCCCUCUGGUUUGGCACCCCCAUUCCCAGCCGCAGGAUCAGACCUAAAUCUCUUGGCCUUUCAAAGCAGCAGCUGAAAAAUGUAUUUCCCAGGGCAGACAGGUGUACUGCAGAGACUGGUAGAAAAGCGACAUCUGCCUAUUUGGAAGGGUUGAAAGAUUUUUAUUCCACUCACCCAGACCCUGCCACCACCAACCCAAGCUGUUGAUAGCUUGUUAGGGACAAUGUCAGAUCAAGGGCUUGAUUCCACCUGGGCAGGAUAUCUAAGACUGACAACCUCAAAGAUAUAUUGAAAAUAUCAGCUCUUUUAUUUCUGUGCUUUUCAGUAUUGGAGUUAGACCUCUGAACUGCUCUAAUGCUCUUAAUAAAAUGUUUUCCAAUGAUGGAUGAGAGGGAUGGGGUGGGCAAAGAAUGACUGAGAUCCCCUGUUGGAUGGCAGGCAUCACUGAAUCUGCAGCUAUCCUGUCCUCUGUGCCAGCCACUCCUAUUAGCAUCAUAAUGGCUCCAAGGAGAGAAGAAGCCCAAAUCAUCUGGAAGAACCAUAGUGUGUAAAACCGUCUGGUAACUUUACUGUGAACAUUUGCUCGCAAAACUUGACACUUUAGCCCUGGGCCUUUGGGGAAUGCUUGAGCUGUCAUUCUGCUACCUUGGCUGACAAAGCAGACAUGCAGGAGCCUGAGGAGAAAAGAUUAAGGGCUUUCUAGUUUUUAUUUUUUAAACCCUCUUAUAGAAAAAACACACUUUUAACACCUUUCUUUUGCAUCCACUCACCUCUGAUGUUAAAAAAACAAAAUCUACCAUAAAUGUGCAUCUCUGUGACUUUAUCUAGUAUUCACAGCUCAUACAUUUGUGAAUUUCAACUUCUGAACUCAGUAGCAGAAUUACAAUGUAAAUCUCACUUGAGAAAAAAAUGACAGUUCGGAUGUGUACACAAAAUACAAAUAAAACGAUCAUGUGAUAUCAUGGCUUACUGCCCCAUUCUCCAAUUCUUCAUGAACAUUGAACUUGCCUCCUUAAUUUGCUAACAUCCCAGUGUAAGUUCUAAAUCGACAGGAAGACUCGAUUGCAAAAUUUCCUCCCCGCUCCCAAAUAAUUCCAACUCGUUUAUGUUUUAUUCAGACUUUAAUAUAAAGAACUUGUGGAACUCAGCCUCUCCAGUUGAGGAUUUUGUGUGUAAAAGUUUCCCAUUCAAAAAAAAAAAAAAAAAACUUACUGAAACUAGAUAGUAUAAAAGAAAGAAACAGCCAAGAUAAAAACUAUUAUGCCAUGAUUCAAGCUCAGAUGCAUAAGAGUAGAAUUUCAUGUGCCGGAAACAAUGCUAACAAAUAGAAACACUGAAAUCCUUAACCAAAAAACUAUACAAGGAUAAGUCAUUAAAAUAUAAACAAACUCUUACUAACAUAAAACAGCACAGGGCCCAUAUAAUGUCCUAUUAAACAAAGGUAAUUGCUGCUAGGGGCCUGCAAAUGUUUCUGUUGUCUUACAGGGUAUGGAUUUGUCAACCUGCUUUAGUUUAUAUGUAAUAAAAUUUCCACAUAGGCAAAAAACAUGGAUCUUAUUCCCAGAAUCCAACACAAAAGUAAGUGUAACUUUCAAGCGAGAAAAUAACUGUUGCAGUCAAUGAGACAGGGCUAUGGACUCUGAGAAAAAGCUCUAUAAUUCUUGUGCUCCUGGCAGGGGCAUUUCCUGAUAAAAAUUGUCUCUUAGAAUAAGGUAAGAAAUUGGACCAUUUCAUGAGAGUCUUCCAGGGAACAGAUUGUCAUGAGGCUUGAUACCUUGUUUGGAUGCUGAGUUUGAGCAUCCAUUCUAUUGGGCGAUAGAAUGGCUUAGUUUGUGAAAUCAGUGUGAUCUAAAUUUCUUGAUUGAUGACUCAAAGAACAGAAUAAAUGGUGUGUCCGAACUUUUUUUUUUCUUCUUGAAAUAAGGUUUUCCAACAAGUCCUUGCUGCCACUUUUAAAAGAAAAGGGUAGGUAGUUCAGACAGGGAGGCCUGGCUUGCUGCAGUCCAUGGGUCGCAAAAAGUUGGACACGACUUGGCGACUGAACAACAACAAAGGUGGUUUAGUGGCCUAAAUCAGCUGGGUCCUCUGACCCAGCCACUGACCUGGACAUGUCCCCUGUAUGUCAGAAGGCCGAGCUUCCUUCUUCAGUGAGGUUGGGAAAGAAUUUCGGGUCUCAGGGAGAAACCUGGGUGGUGGAUGGAGUCACUGCUGCCAAGAGCUUCUCGCGUAGCCAGAAGGACAUUUCCGCUCAAGCUAUUUCCCUUUCGCCUGGUGCCUUUCCUCCUUUACCUGGAAGUGGACCCUUGUUUUAACAUGUAGGUAAUAAUAGUCUCCUGAAAGACAACAGUAGAUUACCCUUACCCCCCAAACAUUACAGGCUGUAUAAUUUGGAGAAGAAAGCAAGAACUAGACCCUUAGCGUCUUUCAAAGACAAAUCAGUCUUCAAGAAAGCAGACUUGACAUCACUCUUUGUGACCGUUCUUUAAACGGCACAGUGAGAUAGUGGAGGUUUGGGUCUCAAAGGAAUCGGGCGGUUAAUAAGGCACUGAGGCUGCUGGCUGUCACCACUGAUCUAUGGCCCCGAGGCCUUUUGGUUUCUUCCCCCUUGAACUCACUCUGGACCCCACCUCAAGCCCUACUUAGGACCAGGUAAAGACACUGAGCCCCCAGGGGAACAGCCCUACCACCCCAGGUGCAAAGCAGCCCAGGGUGCAUCUUAAGAGCAGAGAGGUCUCCCAGUCUCCCCGCAGACCCUGGGGAAGGGCGUGAACUGCCCAGGAGGGCAGUGGUGUGCUGCUUCUUGGAAAGUUUCUGCCUUGCGUCUGAGCUUUGCAGUGUAGAGUUGUCGGCUGCCUCUGGCCCUGAAGCCCUGGCUCCUGUUUAAUAUUCCGCCUGCUCCGUUGAUGUUGUGCUUGGCUCCUGUGGGACUGCAACUCACGGCUGGAAACUGGAGCCAAUUUUCUGUCUUCAUCUCUCAGUGUUUUGACUGGAGGCAGAUCCAGUUCAGGCCGAUCAGGGCUGGUGGAAACAACUACCAAGUGUGUCUCUGUCUGCUUCGCUUUGGGAGAAGAAAGUGGAGGGAGCCCCAACAUGUUGUAGAGGAACUGGCCCUGCGGAAACCGAGGAAGAGGGGGCCACGGGCAAGUGGAACAGACCAAACCUGAGAGCAUCAGAUGGAAUUCCGCUGAAGAUUCCUGCCUCCCCCAGCCUUUUCUUUUGAUUGAUUAGUGGAUUUCAUCAAAGGAGACUCUCGGGGGACUUGACUAGAAAAUUGAUUUUGCCUUAUUAAUAGAAAGGAAGCGGCAAGGGUUUUGGCCUUGCCUCUUAGGGGUACAUUUUCUGCGGGAAGGUCAGGAGGAAAAUGUGUUUAGAAGGCAAGGCAGCUGUCUGGAAGAGGGCUGAGGGGAAUCUGAGAACAAUAAGAAAUGGGGUUUUAAAGAUCCGCCCAUGAAAUGCAGAUUGCUGAACACAGAGGCUGAGCUAAUAGCUGCAAGAGAGUUUACUGAGAUUUUUCUUUGGAAAAAAAAAAAAUGUUUCAGGGCAAAGAGGAGGAGCAAGAAGUAAAAGUUUCCCAAAGCAAAGGAAGGAAGAUGCCAAAGCCGUGCUCUGGCUUGCUCUUGAUUAGGGCUCUUUUCUUUUUUUUGUUUUCUUUUUCUUUUUUCAGAUCUGAGGCUGUCAGAGAUGACUCUGGUUCUGUCCAUGAAUAGAUUCUGCGAGCCCAUUGUCUCGGAAGGAGCUGCUGAAAUUGCUGGGUACCAGACACUAUGGGAGGCUGACAGCUACGGAGGCCUGAGCCCCCCGGGGCCGGCUCAGGCUCCCCUGCAGGGAGACCGGGGAGCCGGUCCCCCCCUGGCAGGAUCACAUUACAGGGGAAUUUCAAAUCCUAUAACAACAUCCAAGAUCACAUACUUUAAGAGGAAGUAUGUGGAAGAAGAGGAUUUUCACCCACCACUCAGCAGCUGUAGCCAUAAAACCAUCUCAAUCUUUGAGGAGCGAGCCCACAUCCUUUAUAUGUCCUUAGAAAAGCUCAAGUUUAUCGAUGAUCCUGAAGUGUACCUCCGAAGAUCUGUCCUUAUAAACAAUCUGAUGAAAAGGAUCCAUGGAGAAAUUAUCAUGCAGAAUAACUGGUGCUUUCCUGCCUGCUCUUUCAAUGGCGCCUCUGCCCAGGAGUGGUUUAUGGCUCAAGACUGUCCUUACCGGAAACGACCUCGGAUGGCCAAAGAGGAGUGUGAAAAGUUUCAUGCCUGCUGCUUGUACCAGGAAUGUGGUGGUCACUACCUAAAUUUACCCCUUUCUGUCAAUGCUAACGUCGGAAGUGCCUCCACCACUGCCUCCUCUUCCUCCCCCUCCUCCUCUUCCUCCUCCUCUCCCCCUCUGCCUUUACCGAGCUGUUCCCAGCAGGUGGAUUUUGAUAUAGGCAGUGCACCUGUUUACAAGGGUGAUGGCCAGAUACCUGCCAGUGAAAUCUUUGUUACUAGCGUCCGGUCACUUGGUGUUCAAGAAAAGGCCAAAUUAAAUGAUGAGAAAGUAAACGAUGAUACCAACAGGGAUGGUGGUCCCCUGAGCCAUGGACCUGUGGGCAACGACCUUGCUUUUGAGGGCAAAGGCCAAUUUUAUGAUUAUUUUGAGACUGGAUAUAACGAAAAAAGCAAUGUAAGUGAGUCUUGGAAAAAGUCCUUAAGGAAAAAGGAGCCUUCACCGAGUAACAAACUGUGCUGCAGCAAAGGCAGUAAAAUAUGAGCCAUCUUCUCCCGCAAACUUUGAAGCAUGCACAGCAUGAUCAAUUAGCUCUCAUAAAUUUUAUUUUGAAUGGAUUUUAUAGUUUUGUACAACUGACAAUUAUGCCAUGAACAUGCCAUGUCGUUUAAAUGCCUGGAGAGCAGAUUGCAUAAAACAUCUGUAUUGUAGGCAUCGGCAAGCUACUCAUAAAUGUGGUGACGUUACCGAGAAGACAGUUGACUUAACACUUAAACCUAAAUCUUAGUUUUCUUACCGAGAAGAUCAGCAGAUCAGACUGGGGGACAGUGUGCCCUUGUGCUAUUUCCACGACCCGCAAGGAGCCUGUCACUAGCGAGGAGCCUUCCACCUGUUUGCCAGUUAAUUAGGUAGUUAUUUGGUAAGCAAAUCAAUAUAACCAGCAAAGGAUGUCUGCUGCUUCUCUAUGAUACAAUAUUUUUUUUCUGAAUAAAAGACUGAGGACAGGGAGCUAGAAGAAACGGCUUCCUGGUGCUGUUAAAUAUUUGGAUUCAGCCGUCUUGUGUGACAGAGGGAAAUAGGAUAGGAGGAAAUGAAACACCUGACCAGGGCAACAAUCAAGGAUAUGAGUAGAGGGUGAUCCCUGCAAGUUCCUGGCUUGCCUCUGAUGGGUGAUGAGGCUUUUAGAAAGGUGUUAUACAGGGCGAUUUUUGGUGCCUUACUUUAUCUUAAUUUUUGCCAAUGUGAAAAUUAAGGAUAAAUCAAGAGUACAGCAGGGAUUUAACAAACAGGAAAAAAAAUACAAACACAGGGUGGAUCAAUAUUGUUUGGAAAUCUUUAACGUCGAACUAUUGCGUUCAACUUUUGAUUCAACAUCUCUAUUCUUCCUUUAUUUUUUGAUGCCCAAUUGCUUUUGGAUUUGGCAUUUUUAGAAAGGGAUGGAGGAAACAAUAGAGAGAGCUGUUAGAGACCAGCACUAGCUGCUCAAGCUUUUCUAUGGCAACGGUCUGUUGCUGGGGUUUGGGUUUUCUGGGUUUUGGGUUGUUUUGUUUUCUUGUCCAAUGAAGUUCAUGAACCAGUAGCAUGCAUCAUACUUUAAUCUGUUUUGCAUCAUUUCACUCGUUUAGAUUAUAAAAGCAUGUGGUUUUUUAUAUAUGACUUUUGCUGUUGAUUAUGAAGCACAAUGUUAAUACACGAUGUGGUGAUCAAUAAGGUUUUAAAGAAUGUAAAGAUUUUUGUUUGGGGAAAGUUAUUUUGGAGAAAUGGGACUCAGUCGGCAAAAGCUCCUAUGUAUUUGGCCAACAUUUUUCUCAGUCGUUUUUUUUCACGUGUACAUUGGCAAGAGUGUUCAGAAGGGCCCCUCUAACCAUCCUUCCUUCCAUGCCAGCUAACUCCUCCUGCUAAACUCUAUUUCCAUUUCCGAGGUUACUGACUGACUUGGGCCUCCUUACACAAUACUUCACGGGAACCAAAUUCCAAAUGGAGGAAAUAAAUUGAGUCCUCCCCGUUUCUCCAAGAUAAAGCUUUUUUUAUUAUUGCUAUUAAUAUUAAAUAUAGGUCUCAUUCAUACAGUGUAUGAGUAGGAUCGUCAUUUGGACAAUGUCCACAAGGACCAAUUUUUAAAACCCGUUCUUGUGUUAUGGCUGAAUAGUCUCGUGAUGUUUUGUCCUUUAUUUUCAAUAUUUGAUAAACAUUUGAUGUUGAAAACUUAGAUGAUAGAUGCUUGUAUAUGAAUGUGUUGUAAUAAAGUGAGGUUUUCUUGAUAUAUAUUUAUUAAAAUGAUCAAAAUUCA